GAAGUUAGCAAGCGUGAGGCGGUUCGUCUCUAUAAACCAGACGUCGUCCCUUCUGCCUUUCAUAGCUUCUUAAUUCUUUCCACUCCAAUACUGACAUCCCAAACGGACUGAGAUUCUGCAAAUCAAACAUGGGAUUUAACGGUGAAAAGGGUCGACCCACCAAAAGGCACAAGUCUUCGUCGAAGGAUGAUCAUAGGAGCACGAUGAUUGAAGAUGAGGACGCGUAUUAUGCUGAAGAAUUUGACGACGAUAAUCGUGAUGGUGAGAAAGAGGGCAAGAAGAGAGAUUUUACAAAAUUAGAGCUAAAGCUGGAUCAUUCCAAUCGGCCCUUAUGGGCCUGCGCUGAUGGGCGGAUCUUCCUAGAGACUUUCUCGCCUCUGUACAAGCAGGCUUAUGAUUUUCUGAUUGCCAUAGCUGAGCCCGUGUGCAGGCCAGAGUCGAUGCAUGAGUACAACUUGACUCCUCACUCACUGUAUGCUGCAGUAUCAGUUGGUCUGGAAACUGAAACCAUUAUUUCUGUUUUGAAUAAAUUGUCGAAAACCAAGCUUCCUAAAGAGAUGAUUGAUUUCGUACAUGGUUCUACUGCCAAUUAUGGCAAGGUGAAGCUUGUGCUUAAGAAGAAUAGAUACUUUGUUGAAUCACCAUUUCCAGAGGUAUUGAAGAGGUUGCUUCGGGAUGAAGUUAUAUCUCGAGCAAGAAUCACUUCUGAGGGCUCAAAUGGUGGUGAUGGAUUUACAAUCAGCAAAGCCAUGGGUGAAAUUGAUGGUGGUCAUGAUGGGUUACUAAAUGAAGCAGAGUUGGCAGCUGCAGCUGAAGAAAAAGAAACUCAUUCUUUUGAAGUUGACCCAGCUCAGGUUGAAAAUGUAAAGCAACGGUGCUUGCCAAAUGCUUUAAAUUAUCCCAUGUUGGAGGAGUAUGAUUUCAGAAAUGACACAGUAAACCCUGAUCUUGACAUGGAAUUGAAACCUCAAGCACAACCGCGACCAUAUCAGGAGAAGAGCCUUAGUAAAAUGUUUGGGAAUGGUAGAGCAAGAUCUGGAAUCAUUGUACUACCAUGUGGUGCAGGGAAGUCUCUAGUUGGUGUUUCUGCAGCAUGCCGGAUACGAAAGAGCUGCCUAUGUUUAGCAACAAAUGCUGUGUCUGUUGAUCAGUGGGCCUUUCAGUUCAAGUUGUGGUCAACCAUACGAGAUGAACAAAUUUGCCGUUUCACAUCUGAUAGCAAAGAAAGGUUCCGUGGCAAUGCCGGUGUGGUCGUCACAACAUAUAACAUGGUUGCUUUUGGUGGUAAACGGUCUGAAGAAUCUGAAAAGAUUAUUGAAGAGAUCAGAAAUAGAGAAUGGGGGUUGCUUCUGAUGGAUGAGGUGCAUGUGGUUCCUGCUCACAUGUUUCGAAAAGUUAUUAGUAUCACUAAAUCUCACUGCAAACUUGGGCUCACUGCAACACUUGUCAGAGAGGAUGAAAGGAUAACAGACUUGAACUUCCUUAUUGGCCCAAAGCUAUAUGAAGCAAACUGGCUGGAUUUAGUGAAAGGGGGAUUUAUUGCGAAUGUGCAAUGUGCAGAAGUGUGGUGUCCCAUGACAAAAGAGUUUUUUGCCGAAUAUCUGAAAAAAGAAAAUUCCAAGAAAAAGCAGGCGCUUUAUGUGAUGAAUCCUAACAAGUUUAGGGCUUGUGAGUUUCUCAUACGGUUCCAUGAGCAGCAACGGGGUGAUAAGAUCAUUGUUUUUGCUGAUAACCUUUUUGCACUAACAGAGUAUGCAAUGAAGCUUCGAAAACCUAUGAUCUAUGGUGCUACCAGCCAUGUUGAAAGGACGAAAAUUCUCGAGGCUUUUAAGACCAGUCGGGAAGUAAACACUGUUUUUCUUUCAAAGGUGGGUGAUAAUUCCAUAGAUAUCCCUGAGGCAAAUGUGAUUAUUCAGAUUUCAUCACAUGCUGGUUCAAGACGUCAAGAAGCUCAACGACUUGGUCGUAUUCUUAGAGCAAAGGGUCGCAUUCAGGAUAGGAUGGCAGGAGGUAAAGAGGAGUACAAUGCUUUUUUCUAUUCUCUUGUAUCUACAGAUACACAGGAGAUGUAUUACUCAACUAAAAGGCAGCAAUUUUUGAUUGAUCAAGGCUACAGCUUUAAGGUGAUAACGAGUUUGCCUCCACCAGACUCGGGAGCAGAUCUGAGCUACCACCGGCUUGAUGAGCAACUGGCACUUCUAACCAAGGUAUUGAGUGCUGGUGAUGAUGCGGUUGGUUUAGAGCAAUUAGAAGAAGAUGCGGAUGACAUAGCCCUUCAAAAAGCCCGUCGCUUUGUGGGAUCAAUGAGUGCAAUGUCUGGUUCAAAUGGGAUGGUUUACAUGGAAUACAAUACCGGACGGAACAAACACCCUGGGCAGAGCAAGGUGAAGGCCAAACCCAAGGAUCCAUCCAGGAGGCACUAUUUAUUCAAGCAACGAUUUGGCUGAUAGGGGACUAUUGUAUUUAGUAUGUAGGAAUCAAAGAGAAUGGAUAAAUAUUGUGUUUCUCAAUAGGUUGGGAAGGAAAUGAUUUGCAUCAAUAACUGAUCUGUGUGUACAUAUGUUUUGCAUUGAAAAUGUAAAGGGAGAUCAAUUGGGGAAGCUAGAGUUUGAUUUUUUGUUUUCUUAGUAGCAUCGGUGUUUGGGAGUACCGAAUCGAAUUUGAAAUAAAUGUAAUAUAAAACUGUAUUAAUUUUAUGUAAUGUGAUGUUUAGCUCCAA